AUGUCGUUGAGCCCAAAGCACACAACGCCUUUUUCAGUGACAGACAUCCUGAGCCCGAUUGAGGAGACCUACAAGAAGUUUGGUGGCAUGGACGGCGCUGGCAACCUCGGUUCUCCUCUGGGGGGCUACCGUCAAGCCCAGGUCUCCCAGUCCAGCAUGCAGCAACACACCAUGGGACAUAACGCAACGGUGGCGACCACUUACCAUAUGCCGCACGGCGUCUCUCAGUUUUCACACGGGGCCAUGGGAGGCUACUGCAACGGGAGUAUUGGCAACAUGGGGGAACUGCCCUCAUACCAGGACACCAUGAGGAACAGCGCUACAGGGAGUGGCUGGUACGGCGGUACGAACCCGGAUCCCAGAUAUUCAACAAUCUCCCGCUUCAUGGGGACAUCUUCAGGGAUGAACAUGUCUGGAAUGGGGACUUUAGCGGGAAUGACAGAUUCCGCCAAACCUAUGGCACCUUUACACGCAGCGCCAAGGAGAAAGAGAAGAGUAUUGUUCUCUCAGGCCCAAGUCUACGAGCUGGAGCGACGCUUCAAACAGCAAAAGUACCUCUCCGCUCCCGAGAGAGAACACCUGGCGAGCAUGAUUCACCUCACCCCGACCCAGGUCAAGAUCUGGUUCCAAAACCAUCGCUACAAGAUGAAACGCCAGGCCAAAGACAAGGCUACUCAACAAAUGCAGCAGGAGAAUAACCUGUGUCAACAGCAACAGUCUCCCAGGAGGGUAGCCGUGCCAGUGCUUGUGAAAGACGGUAAGCCCUGUCAAAACGGCUCCAGCACCCCUACCCCCAGCCAACAAGCACAGCAGCAACAGGGCGCCAAUGGGAUCCUCCCAGUCGCCAGCACCACUAUCUCUCAGCAACAGAAUCAACAAGUGAAUUCACUCGCUCAAACCCAAGAUCUCGCCCAAGUGUCGCCAAACUCAUCGUCUAUUCACAAUUCGGUCACUAACAUGUCUCAAAUGGACACGGCUACUGCAGACUACACGGGUAACAUGGUGAAUCCUGGCCUGCUGUACGGUCGGACCUGGUAG